UACCGGUUUCGUAAGAAGUGAUGAGUGUUGAUGAACGGUUUGAGAAUUUGAUCACAAAGGGUUAUUCUCCUUAUCCACUGUGAUCGAAAGCAGUGUCUGUUCAGUUUUCAACGCACAUAUGUCACUGCUAUUCCUCUUUAUUUGUUUCGUCAGCUUUUUUGUAGCUAAUGCAGCGAUAGAGGAGGAUCCCGAUCCCUGUCCAGCUGAAUGGGAGGUACCCGAAGCGUUGCCGGAGUCCAAGAUAGAUGUUGAAAAACUUCCAUUUCCAAAACCUUUCGAACAAAUAAACGAAGCCAUGGUUGAAGAAGAGCUCGCUCGUCCUAUCGAAACAGCUGAUGAUCAGGCGCAAAGGGUAGAGCGACUUCGUUUCAAGAGGCACAGUCACAGCUACAGUGACAGUCACUGGUAAAUUAAGAAAUGUCGAGGAAGCGCCUGUGCAGUC